AUGCCACCCACCCUGCGACGCGCAGACUCCGUUGAAGCAUCCUUUGUUCGCAGCGCAGGCAUUGUUGCAGCGACCACAGUGAAGAACAUCGGUUUUGAGGUCGUGGCAGCCGCCGUCACAAAGUGCAACGCCCUCACCUCCGCAGACGAUGAAGAGACCGUCGUAGUGCCAAAGGAUGAAGAAGAGGAUGAGGGUAAGGAUGUUGAUGACGCUGUGCUGCUAAUAGAGGAUGAAGCACUGCUGCUAACCGACGUGCUCGAACUACCGGAAGUCGAUGUCAUGCUAGUAGAUGAGGACAUUGAUGACAAGGAGUCUGUACUACUUGCUGUGGACGACAAGAUACUACUAAACGACGAACUCGAAUCGCUUGACGUCGGAAUUACGCUGCUUGACGAUUCAGAUCCAGUGCUACUAGUUGAGGUUGUCGGGAUGCUGCUGGAUGGGCCCAAUGAAGUGCUUGUGAAUGAGACGCUUGAACUGCUAAGCGAGGCGGACGAUGCGCUACUACUAGAGCUUUCGGAAGAAGUACUGCUGCCCAUGGAGCUUGAAGUAUCGGAUGAGGUCGAAGAAGAGCUGCUGGAAAGACUCUCGGAAGAAGUAGCGGAGGACAAUGAGCUCGUUGGUGUGGUACUCGAUGGAGAACUGGGAGAGCUCAGCGUAUUACUUGUGAUAGGGGUUUCGUCUGAAGUAGUCGACGAGCUACCAGAGCUGGAAGACGCUGUAGUUGGCGCUGUCGAGGUAGAGAUUGAAGAGCUGAAAGAACUGAAAGUAGUUGGUGUGCUCGACGAGCUGCUAGAUCCAGUCAGCGAGUAUGAAGAGCUUCCCGUAUUAGAUGAUGAAGUGGCUGGGCUCGAAGAAGAGCUACCCGUGCUAAGCGAUGAUGUAGCCGAGCUUGAAGAAGAACUACCUGUGCUUGUGGACGACAAUGUGCCCGAGAUCACGCUACUAGUGACACUGCUAGAUAAUGAAGAAGAUGUAUGUGUGCUUGAUGAGGUCGGAAAGCUGGCUGAAGAUGAAGGAGUAAACACUGGGCACGACGUGCCAGUCGUCGAGAUGCUGGUAAUGGUUGUGGUCGCGGUAUUGGUCACAGUCUGUGAUACAUGA